AUGAAUGUGUUGCGCCCGACGCUUUUACUUAAAGCGGCGACGCAAAAGGAGAGACGGAAGAAGGAAGGAAAAGAAAAGUUUGAAGUCAAGAAGAUGAAGCCAGAGGAGGCACAUAAAGAUGACAUGGAAACAAGUCUGGAGUCUACUGCUAAGGUAGUAAAGGCUGAAAUUGAGAGUGUGACAGGAGGAGACGUUGAAGGAGAACAGACUGUCAUGAUGCCAAUAGAGAAGCAGAUAAUGAAGCGAAAUUGUCGUCAAGGAGCCAAAGGAAGAAGCUCUUAA